GUCGGGGAGCGGCCCGGGCUCUGGCCAUGUUCUCGGAUGAAGAUUUCUGGAUCGCCCUGUGAAGAGGUCUCCCCGAGAGGGCCCUGCCCAGUCGGAGAGAGGGAUGGACAGCCAGAAGCUGCCUGGUGAGGAUAAAGAUUCAGAACCGGCUGCUGAUGGACCUGCAGCUUCCGAGGAGCCAGGCGCCACUGAGCCAGACCUUCCCAACCCACAUGUCGGGGAGGUCUCCGUGCCCGGUUCUGGGGGUCUCAGGCUUCAGGAGCUUCCCCAGGACUGCAGUGGGGUUCCCGCGCGGCGCUGUGCUCUCUGUAACUGUGGGGAGCCUAGUCUACAUGGGCAGAGGGAGCUGCAGCGCUUCAAGUUGCCGUUUGACUGGCCCCAGUGUCCAGUGGUGUCCCCUGGGGGGAGCCCAGGACCUAAUGAAGCAGUGCUACCCAGUGAGGACCUGUCACAGAUUGGUUUCCCUGAGGGCCUGACACCUGCCCACCUAGGAGAACCUGGAGGGUCCUGCUGGGCUCACCAUUGGUGUGCUGCGUGGUCGGCAGGUGUGUGGGGGCACGAGGGCCCAGAACUAUGUGGUGUGGACAAGGCCAUCUUCUCAGGGAUCUCACAGCGCUGCUCCCACUGCACCAGGCUCGGUGCCUCUAUCCCUUGCCGCUCGCCCGGAUGUCCACGGCUUUACCACUUCCCCUGUGCAACUGCCAGCGGUUCCUUCUUGUCCAUGAAAACACUGCAGCUGUUAUGCCCGGAGCACAGUGAGGGGGCUGCACAUCUGGAGGAGGCUCGUUGUGCAGUUUGUGAGGGGCCAGGGGAAUUGUGUGAUCUGUUCUUCUGUACCAGCUGUGGGCAUCACUAUCAUGGGGCCUGCCUGGACACUGCCUUGACGGCCCGAAAGCGUGCUGGCUGGCAGUGCCCUGAGUGCAAAGUGUGCCAAGCUUGCAGGAAACCUGGGAAUGACUCUAAGAUGCUGGUCUGUGAGACAUGUGACAAAGGGUACCAUACCUUCUGCCUAAAGCCACCUAUGGAGGAAUUGCCUGCUCACUCUUGGAAGUGCAAGGCAUGCCGGGUGUGCCGAGCCUGUGGAGCGGGCGCGGCGGAGCUGAGUCCCAGCUCUGAGUGGUUUGAAAAUUACUCGCUCUGUCACCGCUGUCACAAAGCCCAGGGAGGUCACCCUAUCAGUUCUGUUGCUGAGCAGCAUCCCCCUGUCUGUCACAGAUUCUCACCCCCAGAGCCUGGCGAUACCCCCAGUGAUGAGCCCGAUGCUCUGUACGUUGCAUGCCAAGGGCAGCCAAAGGGUGGGCACGUGACCUCUAUGCAACCCAAGGAACCGGGGCCCCUGCAAUGUGAAGCCAAACCACUAGGGAGAGCAGGGACCCAACUUGAGCCCCAGUUGGACACCCCCCUAAAUGAGGAGAUGCCACUGCUGCCCCCACAAGAGGAGUCGCCCCUCUCCCCACCACCUGAGGAAUCACCCUCGUCCCCGCCGCCUGAGGCAUCACGCCUGUCCCCACCGCCUGAGGAAUCACCUCUUUCUCCACUGCCUGAGGAAUCUCCUCUGUCUCCCCCACCUGAGUCAUCACCUUUUUUUCCACUGGAGGAGUCACCCUUCUCUCCACCAGAGGCGUCGCCCCCACCACCCCCACUUGAGACACCUCUGUCCCCACCACCUGAGGCAUCACCCUUGUCUCCACCAGUUGAGGAGUCUCCCCUGUCCCCUCCGCCAGAGGAAUUGCCCACUUCCCCACCACCUGAGGCAUCGCGCUUAUCUCCACCACCUGAGGAGUCACCCAUGUCCCCUCCACCUGAGGAGUCACCCAUGUCUCCACCACCUGAGGCAUCGCGUCUGUUCCCACCAUUUGAAGAAUCCCCUCUGUCUCCUCCCCCUGAGGAAUCGCCUCUCUCCCCUCCACCCGAGGCAUCACGCCUUUCCCCACCACCUGAGGACUCACCCAUGUCCCCACCACCUGAAGAUUCACCUAUGUCUCCUCCUCCUGAGGUGUCACGCCUAUCCCUCCUACCUGAGGUGUCACGCCUGUCUCCACCGCCUGAGGAAUCUCCCCUGUCCCCACCACCUGAGGAGUCGCCUUCAUCCCCUCCACCCGAGGCUUCACGCCUGUUCCCACCACCUGAGGACUCACCUACAUCCCCACCACCUGAAGACUCACCUGCUUGCCCACUGCCAGACAGCUUACUUAGGUCCCUACCGCUGGAGGAGUUACCGUUGCCCAAGGAGCUGCAACUCUGUCCCCGGCCUGAGGAGCCACUCCUGUCCCCUGCCCCUGAGGAGCCACACCUGUCUUCUGCUCCUGAGGACCCUCACCUGUCUCCGGCCCCUGAGGAGCCUCACCUGUCUCCCGCCCCUGAGGAGCCUGACCGGUCUCCUGCCCCUGAGAAACCUCACCUGUCUCCCGCCCCCGAGGAGCCUCACUUGUCUCCUGCACCUGAGGAGCCUCACCUGUCUCCCACACCUGAGGAACCUCACCUGUCCCCCGCACCUGAGGAGCAACCUCUGGCCCUUACACCUGAGGCGCCACCUCUGGCCCUUACACCUGAAGAGCCGCACCUGUCCCCUACACCUGAGGAGCCACCUCUGUCCCCUACACCUGAGAAGCUGCAUCUCUAUCCUGGAUCUGUGGAGCCUCAGCUGUCCCCUUUACCUGAGACGUCAUGUCUUUCCCCUUUACCUGAGGAGACACACCUGCCCCUUUUACCUGAGGAGCCUCAACUGUCCCCUUCACCUGAGGAGCCACGCCUGUCCCCCCAGCCUGAGCAGCCGUGCCUGUCCCCCCAGCCUGAGGAGCCGUGCUUGUCCCCCCAGUCUGAAGAGCCGCGUCUGUCCCCCCAGUCUGAGGAGCCGCGUCUGUCCCCCCAGUCUGAGGAGCCGCGUCUGUCCCCCCAGUCUGAGGAGCCGCGUCUGUCCCCCAGGCCUGAGGAAAUGCACCUGACCCCUCCACCUGAGGAGCCAGGUCUCUGCUCUGCACCUGAGGAAUUGUCCGUGUUCCUCCCUUCUGGGGAGCCACCUUUAUCUCCCUUGCUUGGAGAGCCAGCCCUGUCUGAGCCUGGGAAACCACCUCUGACCCCUCUACCAGAACAACUGCCAUUGUCCCCCUCUGAGGAGCCAUCUUUGUCGCCUCAACUGAUGCCAUCAGAUCCUCUUCCUCCUCCGCUCUCACCCAUUAUCACAGCUGUGGCCCCACCAGCCCUGUCUCCUUUGAGGGAGUUGGAUUACCCCUUUGGUGCCAAAGGGGACAGUGACCCUGAGUCGCCGUUGACUGCCCCCAUCCUAGAGACGCCCAUCAGCCCUCCGCCGGAAGCUAACUGCACUGACCCUGAACCUGUACCCCCAAUGAUCCUGCCCCCAUCUCCAGGUUCCCCGAUGGGGCUGGCUUCUCCCCUUCUGAUGGUGCCUCUCCCUGCUCAGUGUUCUCCACUCCUCCAGCAUUCGUCACCUCCCCAGAGCUCCCCUCCUCCCCAGUGCUCGCCUCCUGCUCUGCCACUGUCCACUCCCUCCCCACUGAGUCCUGCGAAGAAGGUUGCGGAGGUCUCGGGUGAUGCUGAGCUUCUCGAGAUGGAGCCCGAGAAAGCCAUGGAACCCGAGUGCCCAGCCCUGGAGCCCAGCCCUGCCAGUCCGCUCCCCUCCCCAACGGGGCACCUCUCCUGCCCUGCCCCCAGCCCUGCCCCGGCCCUGGAUGACUUCUCUGGUCUCGGGGAAGACACUGCCCCUCUGGAUGGGACUAACACUCCUAGUUCGCAGCCAGAGGCUGGCCAGACCCCCGGCAGCUUGACAAGUGAACUUAAGGGUUCCCCUGUGCUCCUGGAUCCCGAGGAGCUGGCCCCUGUGACCCCUAUGGAGGUCUAUGGCCCAGAAUGCAAACAGGCAGGGCAGGGCUCACCCUGUGAAGAUCAAGAGGAGCCGCGUGCACCAGUGGCCCCCACCCCACCCACUCUCAUCAAAUCUGACAUCGUUAAUGAGAUCUCCAAUCUGAGCCAGGGGGAUGCCAGUGCCAGUUUUCCUGGUUCAGAGCCCUUGCUGGGCUCUCCUGACCCUGAGGGAGGUGGCUCCCUGUCUAUGGAGCUGGGGGUCUCCACAGACGUCAGUCCAGCCCGAGAUGAGGGCUCCCUGCGGCUCUGUACCGACUCGUUGCCAGAGACUGAUGACUCAUUAUUGUGUGACGCUGGGACAGCUGUUGGUGGAGGCAAAGCCGAGGGGGACAAAGGGAGGCGGCGCAGCUCCCCAGCUCGUUCCCGCAUCAAACAGGGCCGCAGCAGCAGUUUCCCAGGAAGGCGCCGGCCGCGAGGGGGAGCACAUGGAGGGCGAGGGCGAGGACGGGCCCGGCUCAAGUCAACUGCUUCUUCUGUUGAGACUCUGGUAGUUGCUGAUAUCGAUAGCUCUCCCAGCAAGGAGGAGGAAGAUGACGACGACGACACCAUGCAAAAUACUGUGGUUCUCUUCUCGAACACAGACAAGUUUGUUCUCAUGCAGGACAUGUGUGUGGUGUGUGGCAGCUUCGGCCGGGGGGCGGAGGGCCAUCUCCUGGCCUGUUCCCAGUGCUCCCAGUGCUAUCACCCUUACUGUGUCAACAGCAAGAUCACCAAGGUCAUGCUGCUGAAGGGCUGGCGUUGCGUGGAGUGCAUCGUGUGUGAGGUGUGCGGCCAGGCCUCAGAUCCCUCGCGCCUGCUGCUCUGUGAUGACUGUGACAUUAGCUACCACACAUACUGCCUGGACCCCCCACUGCUCACCGUGCCCAAGGGCGGCUGGAAGUGCAAGUGGUGUGUGUCUUGCAUGCAGUGCGGGGCCGCCUCCCCCGGCUUCCAUUGUGAAUGGCAGAACAGUUACACGCACUGCGGCCCCUGUGCCAGCCUGGUGACCUGCCCUGUGUGCCACGCUCCUUACGUGGAAGAGGAUCUGCUAAUCCAGUGCCGCCACUGUGAACGGUGGAUGCACGCUGGCUGUGAGAGUCUCUUCACAGAGGAUGAUGUGGAGCAGGCAGCCGACGAGGGAUUUGACUGUGUCUCGUGCCAGCCUUAUGUGGUAAAGCCUGCAGCACCUAUUGCGCCUCCGGAGUUGGUGCCUAUGAAGGUGAAAGAACCAGAGCCUCAGUACUUUCGCUUCGAGGGCGUGUGGCUGACAGAAACUGGCAUGGCUGUGCUGCGUAACCUGACCAUGUCACCCCUGCAUAAGCGGCGCCAGCGGCGAGGACGGCUUGGCCUUCCAGGCGAGGCAGGGCUGGAGGGUCCGGAGCCCUCAGAUGCCCUUGGACCUGAUGAUAAAAAGGAUGGGGACAUGGACACUGAUGAGCUGCUCAAGGGUGAAGGUGGUGUGGAGCACAUGGAAUGUGAAAUUAAGCUGGAGGGCCCCGUCAGCCCUGAUGUGGAGCCUGGCAAAGAGGAGACUGAGGAAAGCAAAAAACGCAAGCGCAAACCCUAUCGGCCUGGCAUUGGUGGUUUCAUGGUGCGACAGCGGAAAUCCCACACACGUGUGAAAAAGGGGCCUGCUGCACAGGCGGAGGUGUUGAGUGGGGAUGGGCAGCCCGACGAGGGUGAGACGGUGAUGCCUGCUGACCUGCCUGCAGAGAGCUCCGUGGACCAGAGCUUAGCUGAUGGGGAUGAGAAGAAGAAGCAGCAGCGGCGAGGACGCAAGAAGAGCAAACUAGAGGACAUGUUUCCUGCUUACUUGCAGGAGGCCUUCUUUGGAAAGGAGCUGUUGGACCUGAGCCGGAAGGCCCUUUUUGCAGUUGGGGUGGGCCGGCCAAGCUUUGGAGUAGGAGCCCCAAAAGCCAAGGGAGACGGAGGCUCCGAUAGGAAGGAGCUCCCCACCACACAGAAAGGAGACGAAGGUCCAGAUAUUGCAGAUGAAGAAUCCCGUGGUCCUGAGGGCAAAGCUGAUACGCCAGGACCUGAGGAUGGGGGCGUAAAGGCAUCCCCAGUGCCCAGUGACCCUGAGAAACCAGGCACCCCAGGUGAAGGGAUGCUUAGCUCUGACUUAGACAGGAUCCCCACAGAAGAACUGCCCAAGAUGGAAUCCAAGGACCUACAGCAGCUUUUCAAGGAUGUUCUGGGUUCUGAACGAGAGCAGCAUCUAGGUUGUGGGACCCCUGGCCUAGACGGCAGCCGGACACCGCUGCAGAGGCCAUUUCUUCAAGGUGAUACAGGUGGACUUCCUUUGGGCAGUCUCCCCUCUGGCAGCCCAAUGGACUCCUACCCGGGCCUCUGCCAGUCCCCAUUCCUGGAUUCAAGGGAGCGCGGGGGCUUCUUUAGCCCGGAACCCGGUGAGCCAGACAGCCCCUGGACAGGCUCUGGAGGCACCACGCCCUCCACCCCCACCACCCCCACCACAGAGGGUGAGGGCGACGGGCUCUCCUAUAACCAGAGGAGUCUUCAGCGCUGGGAGAAGGAUGAAGAGUUGGGCCAACUCUCCACCAUCUCACCCGUGCUCUAUGCCAACAUUAACUUUCCCAAUCUCAAGCAAGAUUACCCAGACUGGUCUAGCCGUUGCAAACAAAUCAUGAAACUCUGGAGAAAGGUUCCAGCUGCUGACAAAGCCCCCUACCUGCAAAAGGCCAAAGAUAACCGGGCAGCUCACCGUAUCAACAAGGUGCAAAAGCAGGCUGAGAGUCAGAUCAACAAGCAGACCAAGGUGGGCGACGUGGCCCGUAAGACUGACCGACCGGCCCUCCAUCUCCGCAUUCCCCCCCAGCCAGGGGCACUGGGCAGUCCACCCCCCGCUGCCGCCCCCACCAUUUUCAUUGGCAGCCCCACCACCCCCGCCGGCUUGUCUACCUCUGCGGAUGGGUUCCUGAAGCCGCCGGCGGGCACCGUGCCCGGCCCCGACUCGCCCGGUGAGCUCUUCCUCAAGCUCCCGCCCCAGGGGCCCGCCCAAGUGCCUUCGCAGGAUCCCUUCGGACUGACACCCUCGUACGCUCUGGAGCCCCGCUUCCCCUCAGCGCCUCCCACCUACCCUCCCUAUCCUAGUCCAGCUGGGGCCCCCUCUCAGCCUCAAGCACUGGGCACCUCAUCUCGUCCUGGGACUGGCCACCCAGGGGAAUUCCACACUACUCCACCCGGCACCCCCCGACACCAGCCCUCCACGCCUGACCCCUUCCUCAAACCCCGCUGCCCCUCACUGGACAACCUGGCAGUGCCUGAGAACACUGGGGGAGGAGGCGGCAAGGCUUCGGAGCCCUUGCUCUCGCCCCCACCUUUCGGGGAAUCUCGGAAGGCCCUAGAGGUGAAAAAGGAAGAGCUUGGGGCAUCCUCUCCUAGCUAUGGUCCCCCAAACCUGGGCUUUGUUGACUCGCCUUCCUCAGGCCCCCACCUGGGUGGCCUGGAGCUAAAGGCGCCUGAUGUCUUCAAAGCCCCCUUGACUCCCCGGGCAUCUCAGGUAGAGCCCCAGAGCCCAGGCGUAGGCCUCAGGCCCCAGGAGCCGCCCCCUGCCCAGGCUUUAGCCCCUUCUCCCCCCAGCCACCCAGACAUCUUUCGCUCUGGCCCCUGCCCUGACCCCUAUGCCCAGCCGCCCUUGACGCCUCGGCCCCAAGCCCCGGCCCCCGAGAGCUGCUGCUCGCUGCCACCCCGCUCACUGCCUUCCGACCCUUUCUCCCGAGUGCCUGCCAGUCCCCAGUCCCAGUCUAGUUCCCAGUCCCCGUUGACACCCCGACCUCUGUCUGCGGAAGCAUUUUGCCCAUCCCCUGUUACCCCGCGUUUCCAGUCCCCUGACCCUUAUUCCCGCCCACCCUCGCGCCCUCAGUCCCGUGACCCAUUUGCCCCAUUGCACAAGCCACCCCGACCCCAGCCCCCUGAAGUUGCCUUCAAGGCUGGACCACUGGCCCACACUCCACUCGGGGCUGGGGGCUUCCCAGCAGCCCUGCCCUCGGGGCCCGCAGGUGAACUCCAUGCCAAGGUCCCUAGUGGGCAGCCCCCUAAUUUUGCCCGGUCUCCUGGAACGGGUGCCUUUGUGGGCACCCCAUCCCCUAUGCGUUUUACUUUCCCUCAGGCAGUAGGGGAAUCUUCCCUGAAGCCCCCCGUCCCUCAGUCUGGUCUCCCUCCACCCCAUGGGAUCAACAGCCAUUUUGGGCCUGGCCCUGCUUUGGGCAAGCCGCAAAGCACAAACUACGCAGUCGCCCCAGGGAACUUCCACCCGCUGGGCAGCCCCCUGGGACCCAGCAGUGGGUCCACAGGAGAGGGCUACAGGCUGUCCCCACUGCGGCCCCCGUCAGUCCUACCACCUGCGCCCGAUGGGCCCCUCCCCUACCUGGCCCAUGGAGCCUCCCAGCGGGCAGGCAUCACCUCUCCAGUCGAAAAGCGAGAAGAUACAGGGGCUGGAAUGGGCAGUUCUUUGGCGGCACCUGAGCUUCCAGGUACCCAAGACCCAGGCAUGUCCGGCCUCAGCCAGACAGAGCUGGAGAAGCAGCGUCAGCGCCAGCGGCUGCGGGAGCUGCUGAUUCGUCAGCAGAUCCAGCGCAACACCCUGCGGCAGGAGAAGGAGACAGCUGCCGCAGCGGUGGGAGCAGUGGGGCCCCCCAGCUCCUGGGCCGCCGAGCCUGGCAGCCCUGCCUUUGAGCAGCUGAGUCGAGGCCAGACCCCCUUUUCUGGCACCCAGGACAAGAGCAGCCUUGUGGGACUACCCCCAAGCAAGCUGGGGGGCCCCAUCCUGGGGCCUGGGGCUUUCCCUGGUGACGACCGACUCUCCCGGCCCCCUCCGCCAGCUACCCCUUCCUCUUUGGAUGUGAACAGUCGGCAACUGGUGGGAGGCUCCCAGGCCUUCUAUCAGCGAGCGCCCUACCCCGGGUCCCUGCCCUUGCAGCAGCAGCAGCAGCAGCAGCAACUGUGGCAGCAGCAGCAGGCGACAGCGGCAGCAGCCUCCAUGAGACUCGCGGCGCCCACUCGCUUUCCAGCAGCGCCGGGGCCUGAGCUCGGCCGCCAGGCCCUGGCUCCCCCUUUGGCAGGGGUUCCCACUCGCCUGUCCGGCCCCGCCGAGCCAGUGCCCGGUCCAGCUGGUCCCGCCCAGUUCAUUGAGUUGAGGCACAAUGUACAGAAAGGACUGGGACCUGGAGGGGCUCCAUUUCCUGGUCAGGGGCUCCCUCAGCGGCCCCGUUUUUACCCCGUUAGUGAGGACACCCACCGACUGGCUCCUGAAGGCCUUCGAGGCCUAGUGGUAGCUGGUCUUCCCCCGCAGAAACCCCCAGCCCCGCCGGCCCCUGAAUUGAACAAUAGCCUCCAUCCACCACCCCACAAGGGUCCCACCCUGCCCGCCAGCUUGGAGCUGGUCAACCGGCCCCCCUCACGCACCGAGCUUGGCCGUCCCCCUCCUCUGGCCCUGGAAGCUGGGAAGUUACCCUGUGAGGAUCCUGAACUGGACGAUGACUUUGACGCCCACAAGGCCUUAGAGGAUGACGAGGAGCUUGCUCACCUGGGCCUGGGUGUGGAUGUCGCCAAGGGAGAUGAUGAGUUGGGCACCCUGGAGAACCUGGAGACCAAUGACCCCCACCUGGAUGACCUGCUCAAUGGGGAUGAGUUUGACCUGCUGGCCUACACUGACCCUGAGCUGGACACUGGGGACAAGAAGGACAUCUUCAAUGAGCACCUGAGACUGGUGGAGUCAGCCAAUGAAAAGGCUGAGCGGGAAGCCCUGCUGCGGGGUGUGGAGCCGGGGCCCUUGGCCCCUGAGGAGCGCCCUCCGCCUGCUGCCGAUAAUGCGGAGCCCCGGCUGGCGUCCGGCCUGCCUGAGGUGAAGCCCAAGGUGGAGGAGAGUGGGCGCCACCCUUCCCCUUGCCAGUUCACUGUUACCGGCCCCAAGAUAGAGGCAGCACCUGCUACCACUUCCCUGGGUCUGGGACUGAAACCAGGACAGACUGGGAUGGGCAGCCGGGACACCCGGAUGGGCCCAGGACCCUUUUCUGGCAGUGGACACAUGGCUGAGAAGGGCCCCUUUGGGGCCACAGGAGGCCCGCCGGCUCACCUGCUGGCCCCCAGCCCGUUGAGUGGCCCCGGAGGGUCCUCCUUACUGGAAAAGUUUGAGCUAGAGAGUGGAGCCCUGACCCUGCCCAGUGGACCCACAGCAUCUGGGGAUGAGCUGGACAAGAUGGAGAGCUCACUGGUAGCCAGUGAGUUACCGCUGCUUAUCGAGGACCUGUUAGAGCAUGAGAAGAAGGAGCUGCAGAAGAAGCAGCAGCUUUCGGCACAGCUGCAGCCCCCCCAGCAGCAGCCGCCGCCGCAGCCGCAGCAGCCGCCGCCGCAGCCUCAGCAGCAUUCCCUGUUGUCCACACCUGGUCCUGCCCAGGUCAUGUCUUUGCCCCACGAGGGCUCUUCUCCCAGUUUGGUUGGGCCCCAGCAGCAACUUGCCCUGGGACUCGGAGGUUCCCGACAGCCAGGCUUGACGCAGCCACUGAUGCCCAGCCAGCCACCAGCUCAUGCCCUGCAGCAGCGCCUGGCUCCCUCCAUGGGCAUGGUGUCCAACCAGGGACACAUGCUGAGUGGGCAGCAUGGAGGGCAGGCAGGCUUGGUGGCCCAGCAGAGCUCACAGCCAGUGCUGGCACAGAAGCCCAUGGGUACAAUGCCACCUUCCAUGUGCAUGAAACCCCAGCAACUGGCAAUGCAGCAGCAGCUGGCCAACAGCUUUUUCCCAGAUACAGACCUGGAUAAAUUUGCUGCAGAAGAUAUCAUUGAUCCCAUUGCAAAGGCCAAGAUGGUGGCUUUGAAAGGCAUCAAGAAGGUGAUGGCUCAGGGCAGUAUUGGAGUAGCACCUGGCAUGAACAGGCAGCAAGUGUCCCUCCUCGCCCAGAGACUCUCAGGAGGCCCUGGUGGCGACCUGCAGAACCAUGUGGCAGCUGGGAGUGGCCAGGAACGGAAUGCUGGUGACCCCUCCCAGCCUCGUCCCAAUCCACCCACUUUCGCCCAGGGGGUGAUCAAUGAGACUGAUCAGCGGCAGUAUGAAGAGUGGCUGUUCCAUACUCAGCAGCUCCUACAGAUGCAGCUAAAGGUGCUAGAGGAGCAGAUCGGUGUGCACCGCAAGUCCCGGAAAGCCCUGUGUGCCAAGCAGCGCACUGCCAAGAAGGCUGGCCGCGAGUUCCCAGAAGCAGAUGCUGAAAAGCUCAAGCUGGUUACGGAACAGCAGAGCAAGAUCCAGAAACAGCUGGAUCAGGUCCGGAAGCAGCAGAAGGAGCACACUAACCUCAUGGCAGAAUAUCGGAAUAAACAGCAGCAGCAGCAGCAGCAGCAGCAGCAACAGCAGCAGCAACAACAGCAGCAGCAGCAGCAGCAGCAGCAGCAGCAACAGCACCAGCACUCAGCCGUGCUGGCUCUUAGUCCUUCCCAGAGUCCCCGGCUACUCACCAAACUCCCUGGUCAGCUGCUCCCUGGCCAUGGGCUGCAGCCACCACAAGGACCCCCGGGUGGGCAAGCUGGAGGUCUUCGCCUGCCCCCAGGGGGCAUGGCACUACCUGGACAGCCUGGUGGCCCCUUCCUCAACACAGCCCUGGCCCAGCAGCAGCAACAGCAACAUUCUGGUGGGGCUGGGGCCCUGGCUGGGCCCUCAGGGGGCUUUUUCCCUGGCAAUCUUGCGCUUCGAGGCCUCGGACCUGAUGCGAGGCUUUUACAGGAAAGGCAGCUGCAGUUGCAACAGCAGCGUAUACAACUGGCCCAGAAACUGCAGCAGCAGCAGCAGCAGCAGCAGCACCUCCUAGGACAGGUGGCACUCCAGCAGCAACAGCAGCAGGGCUUGGGGGUUCAGGCAAACCAGGCUCUGGGUCCUAAGUCUCAGGGCCUGUUGCCUCCCAGCAGCCAUCAGGGUCUUUUAGUUCAGCAGCUGUCUCCACAACCCCCCCAGGCCUCCCAGGGCAUGCUGGGCCCUGCUCAAGUGGCAGUUCUGCAGCAGCAGCAGCAGCAGCAGCAGCAGCAUCCUGGAGCUUUGGGCCCCCAGGGCCCUCACAGACAGGUGCUUCUGACUCAGCCCCGGUUGCUGAGUUCCCCUCAGGCGGCACCGCAGGGUCAAGGCCUUAUGGGACACCGACUGGUCACAGCCCAGCAGCAGCCACAGCACCAGCAGCAGGGCUCUGUGGCAGGACUUUCUCAUCUUCAGCAGGGUUUGAUGCCGCACAGUGGGCAGCCCAAACUGAGUGCUCAACCCAUUGGCUCCCUCCAGCAGCAACAGCUUCAACAGCAGCAGCAGCAGCAGCAGCAGCAGCAGCAGCAGCAGCAGCUUCAACAGCAGCAACAGCAGCAACUUCAACAGCAGCAGCAACUUCAGCAGCAGCAGCAACAGUUUCAACAGCAACAACAGCUUCAACAGCAGCAGCUGCAGCAGCAACUUCAGCAGCAACAACUGCAGCAGCAGCAGCAACAGCAGUUUCAGCAGCAGCAGCAGCAGCAGCAGCAGCAGCAGCAGCAGCAGCAGCAGCAGCAGAUGAGUCUCUUGAGCCAGAAUCGAACUUUACUGUCCCCUCAGCAGCCACAGCAGCAGGUGGCACUCGGCCCCAGUGUGCCAGCCAAGCCUCUCCCACACUUUUCGAGCCCCGGAGCCUUGGGUCCGGCCCUCCUCCUGACUGGCAAGGAACCAGGCAUUGUAGAGACAGCGCUUCCUCCAGAGGUCCCUGAGGGGCCCUCUGCUCACCAGGGAGGGCCCUUGGCCAUAGGGACUAUGUCUGAGUCGGUGGCUGCUGAGUCAGGAGAGGCAAAGCCCACGCUCUCUUCGGACUCGCAGCUCCUGCUCAUCCAGCCCCAGGCCCAGCCUCAGCCCAACCCUGUGCAGCUGCAGCCCCCUCUGAGGCUCCCAGGACAACAGCCUCAAGUUAACUUAGUCCACACAGCAGGUAUGGGAAACCACGGGCAAGCAGGCAGCGGAUCAUCUUCUGAGGUCUCGUCGGUGCCUCACCUGCUCACCCAGUCCUCUGUUUCCUUGGGGGAACAGCCUGCGUCCAUGGCCCAGAACCUUUUGGGCUCACAGCAGACCCUCGGAUUGGAGCGGCCCAUGCAAAAUAACAUAGGCACCCAACCUGCCAAGCCAGGACCUGUUCCGUCGUCUGGGCAGGCCUUGCCUGGGCCUGCUGUCAUGCCUACAGUGGGUCAGAUUCGAGCACAACUCCAAGGAGUCCUGGCCAAAAACCCACAGCUACGGCACUUGAGCCCCCAGCAGCAGCAGCAGCUACAGGCACUCCUCAUGCAGCGGCAGCUACAGCAGAGUCAGGCAGUACGCCAGACUGCACCCUGCCAGGAGCCUGGGACCCAGCCCUCGCCCCUCCAGGGCCUUCUCGGCCGCCAGCCCCCACUGGGGGCCUUCCCUGGAUCCCAGACAGGCCCCCUCCAAGAGCUAGGGGCAGGGCUUCGACCUCAGGGCCCACCCCGGCUCCCCGCCCCACAAGGAGCCUUAUCCACAGGACCAGUCCUUGGCCCUGUCCAUCCCACACCUCCACCUUCCAGCCCCCAAGAGCCAAAGAAAUCCUCACAGUUGUCUCCCCCCAGCUCCCAGCUUCCCUCUGAGGCCCAGCUCACCCCUACCCAGCCAGGAACCCCAAAACCCCAGGGGCCACCUUUGGAGUUGCCUCCUGGAAGGGUCUCGCCCGCUGCUGUCCAGCUUGCAGAUACCUUCUUUGGCAAGGGACUAGGACCUUGGGACCCCCCAGACAACCUAGUGGAAGCCCAGAAGCCAGAGCAGAGCAGCCUGGUGCCUGGACGUCUGGAGCAGGUGAAUGGACAGGUGGUGCCUGAGUCACCCCACCUCAGCAUCAAACAGGAGCCUCGGGAAGAAUCGUGUGCCCUAGGAACCCAGACUAUGAAGAGGGAGGCAAAUGGGGAGCCGGUGGGGGUACCAGGUACCAGCAACCACCUCCUGCUGGCAGGCCCCCGCUCAGAGGCUGGGCACCUGCUCUUGCAGAAGCUUCUACGGGCAAAGAAUGUGCAACUUGGCACUGGGCGGGGGCCUGAGGGGCUGCGGACUGAGAUCAACGGGCACAUUGACAGCAAGCUGGCCGGGCUGGAACAGAAACUACAGGGUCCCCCCAGCAAUAAGGAGGAUGCAGCGGCAAGGAAGCCUUUAACACCGAAGCCAAAGAGGGUGCAGAAGGCAAGCGACAGGUUGGUGAGCUCCCGAAAGAAGCUGCGGAAGGAGGACGGGGUCAGGGCCAGCGAGGCCUUGCUGAAACAGCUGAAACAGGAGCUGUCCUUGUUGCCCCUGACGGAGCCUACCAUCACCGCCAAUUUUAGCCUCUUUGCUCCCUUUGGCAGUGGCUGCCCGGUCAGUGGGCAGUGCCAGCUGAGGGGGGCCUUUGGAAGUGGCGCGCUGCCCACUGGCCCUGACUACUAUUCCCAACUACUUACCAAGAAUAACCUGAGUAACCCGCCGACACCACCCUCGUCGCUGCCCCCCACCCCACCCCCAUCGGUGCAGCAGAAGAUGGUAAAUGGUGUCACUCCAUCUGAAGAGCUGGGGGAGCAGCCCAAGGAGACCGCCUCUGCCCAGGAUACUGAAGGUGCGCUGAGAGAUGCUUCAGAGGUGAAGAGUCUAGACCUGCUGGCCGCCCUGCCUACACCCCCUCACAACCAGACUGAGGAUGUCAGGAUGGAGAGUGAUGAGGACAGCGAUUCUCCCGACAGCAUUGUGCCAGCUUCGUCCCCUGAGAGCGUCCUGGGCGAGGAGGCCCCUCGUUUCCCUCAUCUCGGCUCAGGCCGGUGGGAGCAGGACGACCGGGCGCUCUCCCCUGUCAUCCCCAUCAUUCCUCGGGCCAGCAUUCCAGUUUUCCCGGAUACCAAACCUUGUGGGCCCUUGGAGCUGGAGGCCCCUGGCAAGCUGCCUGCCGCAACGUGGGAGAAGGGCAAAGGAAGUGAGGUGUCGGUCAUGCUGACAGUCUCCGCUGCUGCAGCCAAGAACCUGAAUGGUGUGAUGGUGGCAGUUGCAGAACUGCUUAGCAUGAAGAUCCCCAAUUCCUACGAGGUGCUGUUCCCAGAAGGCCCCGCCCGAGCAGGCAUUGAGCAUAAGAAGGGGGAAGCUGAGGGCCUUGGUGGGAAAGAGAAGGGUCUGGGAGGCAAGAGCCCUGAAGCUGCUUGGCUGAAGCAGUUUGAUGCGGUGUUGCCCGGCUACACUCUCAAGAGCCAGCUAGACAUCUUGAGCCUCCUGAAACAGGAGAGCCCCGCCCCAGAGCCACCCACCCAGCACAGCUACACCUAUAACGUCUCCAAUCUGGACGUGCGACAGCUCUCCGCCCCGCCUCCUGAGGAGCCCUCCCCACCUCCCUCCCCCUUGGCACCCUCUCCUGCCAGCCCCCCUGCAGAGCCCCUGGUUGAACUCCCAUCUGAACCCUCCACCGAGCCGCCAGUCCCCUCACCUCUGCCGCUGGCCUCAUCCCCUGAGUCAGCCCGGCCCAAACCCCGAGCGCGGCCUCCUGAAGAAAGUGAAGAUUCCCGGCCCCCUCGUCUCAAGAAGUGGAAGGGCGUCCGUUGGAAGCGGCUGAGGCUGCUGCUGACCAUCCAGAAGGGCAGUGGGCGGCAGGAGGACGAGCGGGAAGUGGCGGAGUUUAUGGAGCAGCUCGGCACAGCCCUGCGGCCUGAUAAGGUGCCUCGAGACAUGCGGCGCUGCUGCUUCUGUCACGAGGAGGGUGAUGGGGCGACGGACGGGCCCGCCCGCCUGCUGAACCUGGACCUGGACCUGUGGGUGCACCUCAACUGUGCCCUGUGGUCCACGGAGGUGUACGAGACGCAGGGCGGGGCGCUCAUGAACGUGGAGGUGGCCCUGCACCGGGGCCUGCUCACCAAGUGCUCCCUGUGCCAGCGCACCGGCGCCACCAGCAGCUGCAACCGCAUGCGUUGCCCCAGCGUCUACCACUUCGCCUGCGCCAUCCGCGCGAAGUGCAUGUUUUUCAAGGACAAGACCAUGCUGUGUCCGAUGCAUAAGAUCAAGGGCACCUGCGAGCAGGAGCUGAGCUCGUUUGCCGUCUUCCGGCGGGUCUACAUCGAGAGGGAUGAGGUGAAGCAGAUCGCCAGCAUCAUCCAGCGGGGAGAGCGGGUGCACAUGUUCCGCGUGGGCGGCCUCGUGUUCCACGCCAUCGGACAGCUGCUGCCGCACCAGAUGGCCGACUUCCACAGCGCCACCGCCCUGUACCCCGUGGGCUACGAGGCCACGCGCAUCUACUGGAGCCUGCGCACCAACAACCGCCGCUGCUGCUACCGCUGCUCCAUCGGCGAGAACAGCGGGCGGCCGGAGUUCGUCAUCAGAGUGGUCGAGCAGGGCCUGGAGGAUCUGGUCUUCACCGACGCCUCUCCCCAAGCCGUGUGGAAUCGCAUCAUCGAGCCCGUGGCCGCCAUGAGAAAGGAGGCUGACAUGCUGCGGCUCUUCCCCGAGUACCUGAAAGGCGAGGAGCUCUUCGGGCUGACGGUGCACGCUGUGCUUCGCAUAGCGGAAUCACUGCCCGGAGUGGAGAGCUGUCAGAACUACUUGUUCCGCUACGGACGCCACCCACUGAUGGAGCUGCCUCUCAUGAUCAACCCCACUGGCUGUGCCCGGUCAGAGCCUAAAAUCCUCACACACUACAAACGGCCCCACACCCUGAACAGCACCAGCAUGUCCAAGGCGUAUCAGAGCACCUUCACGGGCGAGACCAACACCCCGUACAGCAAGCAGUUUGUGCACUCGAAGUCGUCUCAGUACCGGCGGCUUCGCACCGAGUGGAAGAACAAUGUGUAUCUGGCUCGUUCCCGCAUCCAGGGCCUGGGGCUCUAUGCAGCCAAAGACCUAGAAAAGCACACAAUGGUCAUCGAGUACAUUGGCACCAUCAUUCGAAAUGAGGUGGCCAACCGGCGGGAGAAAAUCUAUGAGGAGCAGAAUCGAGGCAUCUACAUGUUCCGAAUCAACAAUGAGCAUGUGAUUGAUGCUACGUUGACUGGAGGCCCUGCCAGGUACAUUAACCACUCCUGUGCCCCGAAUUGUGUGGCGGAAGUUGUGACAUUUGACAAGGAGGAUAAAAUCAUCAUCAUCUCCAGCCGGCGAAUCCCCAAAGGAGAGGAGCUGACCUACGACUAUCAGUUUGACUUUGAAGACGAUCAGCACAAGAUCCCCUGCCACUGUGGAGCCUGGAAUUGUCGGAAAUGGAUGAACUAAGGCUCAUUUGAGGCUACCAGGCAGGGGAACCCCCCUACCCCAACCUCUUCCCUGAAAGGGAUGAGGGGGAAGAGAGGUAGCAGCCAGAGCCAGGACCCAGGGUUGGGGCUGCCGGCUGACCGGAGCCCCUGGAGCAGGAGGCUGGGGCAGAGGGUCCUAGGCCAAGCCCACCCUGGGCACCAGGGACAACCCUCUUCCCCGCUACCGGCCCCUAGGCUGGCAUCUCUGCCCCCAGCUCCGGGAGGGGCCAGACAGAAGCAGCCAUUGGGCAUCUCAGGUUUGAGGGGGAUACGGGCCGGGAACUACCCAGAAGCAACUGGGAGGCAGCAGGGAGAGGGGAGGAGGAUGUGUGGCCGGGCCUCACAGCCCUGCUGCUCCCGCCGACCUCUCCGGCCCAACUCAAGGCUGCAAAGAGACUUGACUAAGCUUGACAAUCCCAAAGGCCGGGACCCACACCCGGCCCUGCCUGCCGGGUCCUGCCCCCACCCUCACCCCCGUCCCCGUACCUCUCGAUCUGUCUUUGUCUCCCUCUCUCCUCUGUGUUCUGUCUCUCUAUGGGUUGUGUUUCCUUGUUUUCCACUCUGACAAAUGCAACAUGAACGGGAAAGAGGCACCCAGCUGCCCAGGCGGGCAAGCUUGGCAGGCCAGGCAAGGAGACCCCACACCCACACCUACCUCAUUUAAAUGUUGGAUUUUUUGCUGUUUUGAAAUGUGAGACCCUCUCUGAACCCCCUACUGCCCCAACCCUCUCCCCCACCUCACUGCCCUCUUCUGAGUGGGUGGAAGGGGGGGAAGGAGAGGAAGAAAAAAACAACAACAAAAAAUCCAUCUUUGUUUUUAAUUAUGGGCAUGGGAUAGUGGUUGAGGCUGAUGAUGAUGCAGGUCGGGGAUGACUGGCCCCUAGUCGCUCUAGGACUUCCUUCUCCAGCUGGCCAUGGGGGCAGGAGGAGUGUGCUAAACCCAGGACCAGGAUAUCUCUUUCCUCUUUUCCCAACUCCAUCAUGAGCCCGUAUGCCCUCCAACCCUUAGAUGGGGUGGGUGGGUGGUAGGGUGAGGGCUAUCCCUGAGUGGCAUGCCCAUACCCAAUGAGGCAGGGUGUGUGGCCCGGAGCUCCCACUUUCCCUCAGUCACCAAACUGCUGCUGGUCUGGUGGGAAGGGGUGGUGAUGUGGGGGUGGGGAGCUUAGUGUCAGCACGGGGAGGGUGGGGGGUAUUUAUCUAUUUAUACAUGGGAUUGUACAUAGUCUUGUGGGGCAUGGGGGAGCCGGCUGGAGGUGAGAACCCUCUCCUCUCCCCCCACCCCCGGGGAGAGCAAAUGUAAAACUACUAAUUUUUGUGCUUUAUAUAUUCUAUAUAAAUAUAUCUAUUUUCUUUUUACAAAACCAGUUUAUAAAUGGUAGGGGGGCAUGGGGCGGACACAUGGAGCUCCCCUUGUGGGGGGGCCCCCUCCAUUACCCAACCUACCGCCCUUUCCUCACCCCCUCCUCCCCACCCCUUGGCUGUGACUGCUGUAUGGUGGGGGUAUAGAGGCUGGGCAGUCCCCACCCCUGUUGUAUAGUUGGACUAUGUUAUAACGCACAAAGGUGAGCUGGCCCCACGGAGCCAGAGGGUGAUGGGUUCCUUGCCUCCCUUCCUUCCCCUUUCUGCCCAAGCUUGUGCUGCAGUUGAACCUCUUCCUGGGGGUAGGGGUAGGUCAGGGGGUGGGUGCAGCCCCAGACCCCUUUCUGAUAGGGAGCCAUGGGGGUGAAGAUGAAGCUUAUAUGCAGUUCUUUCCUAGGGGCUGUGGGCAAAGGGCAUUUUGUAAUUAAUGUUUUCAAGAAUCAAAUGUCUGGAGUGUAGUGGUGGGCUUGGUGACGGCGGAUGGGCAGGCCUGCUGGAGGGGGAGCAUGGUUGCUGUUGUGAUUUUAGGUUUGUUUUGUUUUGUUUUUGAAUUUGGGGGGUUGCGGAUUGAUGGGGAUAGGGAAUUUUUUUUUUUUAAGCUGCUUCCUCAACUGUUUCAAGCUGCAGAUGUUUAAGAGAACAUCCCCCCACCCCCACAGAAACCACUGUAAUAAAAUUUUACAGUGGGGUGACUGGGCUGCUGCCCCCAAUCCAUUGGAUGUUCCUUUUCCAAGAGCAAAAGGUCUAGGUUACAGGGGAGGCGGGGAGAUUGGCUCCUGUGAGUCAGGCUCUGGUUGGGGCUUGGGCCUUGGGGCUGGGAAAAGCGGAUGGGGCAGACUUUGUAAGCAUAUGCUAGGUAUCCGAUAGUCCUGUAGAAUUUAGUGGAGAAACCUUAUACAGUUUUUAAUUUUUAUAUAAACUAACUCAGACCCAAGCUACAAGGUUGGAAUUUUGGUUGUUGGUUCUUUUUUUUUUUUUAAGUACCCCGCCUGUAUAAAUGCAUCAGAAUUCCCUCCUCCCCUCCCCCACCCCCGUGUUUGUAUUUUGGGUUGGUUUACACUUACUUGCACAUAUUCAAUUUUCAGUUUUUCCCCUUUACAGUCCUCUACUCCUCACCUCCAGGACCCUUCCCCCUUUUUAAAAAAUAAAUCGCUGACAAGUGUGAAUCCCGUGAAGACUUUAUUUUGUGUUGUGUGUAUCCUGUACAGCAAGGUUGGUCCUUCGUAACAACGGAUGAAAUGAUUACCUUUUUUAAAGCGCCCUCUCUCCCUCCACCCUCAGCGCCCCUGUCCUUGGCAUGUUUUGUAUCAGCGAUCAUUCUGAACUGUACAUAAUUUAUGUUGCAAGAGGCAAAGGGCAAGUUUUGGAUUUUGCUUCUUCCAAGUUUGUUUUUAAACAACAAAUAAAAAGAGAACAUUUUAAAUA